GAAACUCAGAGUUUAAGAGAACACCUCAUUGAUGAGCUAGACUAUGUAUUGAUUCCCACUGAAGCCUGGAAUAAACUAGUGACGUGGUAUGGCUGCAUGGAUGGACAGCAGCCCAUUGUGAGAAAAGUAGUGGAAUAUGGCCUGUUUGUGAAGCACUAUAAGGUUGAAGUCUAUCUUCUUGAGCUGAAGCUGUGUGAGAGCAGUGAUCCUGAAGAUGUAGUUAGUUGCCACUUUAGCAAAGCAGAUACUGUUGCUACCAUUGAGAAGGAAAUGAGAAAACUAUUUAAUAUCCCAGCUGAGAAGGAAACUAGAUUAUGGAGCAUGUAUAUAAAUAACACUUAUGAGCAGCUCAGCAGGCUGGAUAGCACAGUGCAAGAUGCAGGUCUCUAUCAUGGUCAGGUUGUUCUAAUAGAAGUCAGAAAUGAAGAUGGCACAUGGCCAGGACAGCAUUUCUUGGCAAAAUCAAGCACUGCAACUAGCAGAAACUUUACUACCUCUUCAAAAUCAUCAGCAAGUUCUUAUUCCUCAGUGUCUGCCACUUCUGUUAUUACUAACGGUGAUAGCAGUAACUCCUAUGGACUGAACAACUCCCACCUGGGCAGGGGAGGUUCUGGAUUUGUCUGUAACUCCUACAGCUGCAGGGACAGUGCUUCUCUGUCGCAGCCUGGACUCUGUGGACUCAGUAACCUUGGAAAUACCUGCUUCAUGAAUUCUGCAUUACAGUGUCUGAGCAAUACUCCUCCUCUGACUGACUAUUUCCUGGAAGAUAAAUAUGAAGCUGAAAUAAAUCAGAACAAUCCACUAGGGAUGAGAGGAGAAAUUGCAGAAGCCUAUGCAGAGCUCAUUAAACAGAUUUGGUCUGGGAGACAGUCUCACGUGGCCCCACGUAUGUUUAAAACACAGGUUGGCCGAUUUGCUCCUCAGUUUUCAGGAUACCAGCAGCAAGACUCGCAGGAGCUCUUGGCUUUUCUUUUAGAUGGCUUGCAUGAGGAUUUGAACAGAGUGAAGAAGAAGCCCUACUUGGAGCUGAAGGAUGCCAAUGGCAGACCUGACUCGGAGGUGGCAAAAGAAGCCUGGGAGAAUCAUAGGCUGAGGAAUGAUUCUAUAAUUGUGGAUAUUUUUCAUGGUCUUUUCAAAUCUACCCUUGUUUGUCCCAAAUGCUCCAAAGUUUCUGUGACAUUUGAUCCCUUCUGUUACUUAACGCUUCCACUGCCCUUGAGGAGAGACCGUCUCAUGGAAGUUACCCUGGUAUAUGCAGACCCACAGCAUAGACCUGUCCAGUACCGGGUUGUGGUGCCAAUGAUGGGGGCCAUCUCGGAUCUGUGUGAAUCGCUCUCCAAACUCUCUGGUGUUCCUGCAGAAAAUAUGGUGGUGACAGACGUGUAUAAUCAUCGAUUUCACAAAAUCUUCCAAAUGGAUGAAGGUUUAAAUCAUAUCAUGCCAAAAGACGACAUCUUUGUGUAUGAAGUUUGCAAGCCAAGUGAGGAUGGCCUGGAGUAUGUUACUCUCUCUGUUUACUUUCGGGAGAAGACAGUGAGGCAGUCCAGCAAUACUUCAGGGACCGUACUCUUUGGUCAGCCACUACUGAUAUCUGUGCCGAAACACAAACUCACUGUGGAUCACUUGUACAGUGUGGUUUCGGAGCAGAUCAGCCGCUAUGUGAAACUCCCUUUGGCAGAAGAAUACUCUACGCCCUGCCCAGACAAAGGAACCUGCAAUGGCUCCAAUGGUGUGGUUGAAGGCGACAUUGAAGAGAUGGAGCAUCAGGAUGGCGGGCAGGAAGGCAAGGAGAAGCUGGCAGAAGUUGAUCCCUGCCACUCUGAGGGUUGUAUGCAGAUCGAGUCAGCAAGAGACCUGCAGCCUUGCAAGAAGUGGCAUUUCACUUUUAGCCUUGUGAAUUCCUCUGGGACCUCCGAAAUAAACUCCAUUGUAGAAGGAAAAAUCUUAAAACUAAAUGCUUUUUCUGCACUUGCUGUUGAUUGGGAUUCUGAUACACGAAGGCUACUUUUUGAUGAACAGGAGGCACAGGCAUUUGAAAAACAUGGAAGUAUGUUACAACCACAGAAGAAGAAGGCUGUGGUAGCCCUCAGAGACUGCAUAGAGCUCUUCACUACUAUGGAAACGCUUGGUGAACAUGACCCGUGGUACUGCCCUAACUGUAAGAGACAUCAGCAGGCCACAAAGAAGUUUGACUUGUGGUCUUUGCCCAGGAUUUUGGUAGUGCAUUUAAAACGCUUCUCAUACAGCAGAUACUGGAGGGAUAAACUUGACACUGUUGUGGAAUUCCCUAUCAGGGGUUUAAACAUGUCCGAGUUUGUCUGUGACCCGAGAGCAGGCUCAUAUGUGUAUGACCUCAUUGCAGUUUCCAAUCACUAUGGAGCCAUGGGAGUAGGCCACUACACGGCCUACGCGAAGAACAAAGUGAAUGACAAGUGGUACUACUUUGAUGACAGCAGUGUAUCAGUGGCUUCAGAAGACCAAAUAGUGACAAAAGCUGCGUAUGUGCUGUUUUAUCAGCGCCGAAACAGCGAGGAACAUACUGCCCCAUCUCCUCCCCAAGAAGAAUGUGACGGCAUGGAUACCAACUAAACAUCUCCUCCAGCACUCGGCCACCAUGUUAGCGGUUGCUCUUCUAAAGCCAUGCCUGAGGCGUCUGAAAAUUUUUCUUCCUUCUGUAGGAGUCAAGCAGAAAAUCUGGCACUGAAAGAUUCAGUGCUGGGGGUUGCAGAAUAGCACUGGAGAGCCAGGAAUAGGUGCUGACACUUGGGUAUUUAGAGGCCAAAAAUAAUAUAUAUUGGAGCUUCAAUAAAGUUCUUUUUAAAAUCUGGCUGAGCUGUGUGGCUAGAGGCAGGGACUGGGGCUGGGCUGGGGCUGAGGGUUGUAGCUGGGGUCAGGAGAGCACAGCCUGAGCUGGAGGCCUGCUCACAGCUGAGCCUUGCAGGGGCCCGUGGAAGAGUACGGUGGGUAUGAUUCUGUGAAUCGGCUUGGGGGCUUCCUGCCAACUCUUUGGUGUUGCUGUUGGGCCCUGCCUGUGUCAGGGUGGCUUGCUGCACCCUUUCUGGAAGUUCAGUUCAGAUCUUUGUACAUCUGACCUGUCUGUUGCAGUCUCUGCCAUCAUACUUUGGUAUGCAAUUACCCUUGCUACGCAACAAACAUUUCUCUUUCUUGUAUCCUUUCCCUGAUGCAUCUGAGGCUCUUCUGAGCAGUUUAGACUCAGCCUUUUUCAUGUGAACACCGGAUCCUGUAAUGUAGGGAACUUCUCCAGAAGCGAAUCACACCUGCCUGUGAUGUGGUGUAUGUGCAGGCUGAUCCCCACAGCAAUGCAGGAUGCAGCUCUUCUGGCUUUGGCUCCCGUUCUUCUGCAGAGAAAAUAUCAUCCACAAGGUUGGCGAUUUCUUGUUCUCUCCAUCCAUCUACACCCCUCGCUUCCAGGCUGCUCUGUAAGCACUUUUCUGCUUUCACCAUUUCUCCUAUGCUUUGUUCAGUGGCAGCAUUUUUAUCCUUUUUUGCUCAUUUAUGUGACUCCUUGGAGUGUUUUCUCCAGCAAAGCUCAGCACUGCGUCCCCAGAGCUGUUGCCUGUAAGGCUGACAGCCCAAUGCAACGGACUGUGUGUCAGUUUUCAGCGUUUUCUCCUGCGACUUUUGUUUUUCUGGACUGCUCUUUCAGCCUUUCUGCUCCUCCUUUGAGUGCUGCCCUUUAGAUCCCCAGCCCCAUCAUCUUCUGUGAGGCUGUGGGUGUGGAGGUCCUGUCCAAGGUCUCUCUUUGCCUUACCUGUUUGAUAGUUCUGCUUCAUCCUUUUGGCACAACUGGCAAAUGCUCUUCCUUUUGUCCUCCUUUACUGUCUGUGUUACUUGUAGGACAUGAGUCCAGCUUUCUUCUUGAAUGAGGACUUUGUGAUCGCCACAUAAGUCAGUCCUCAGUGGAGAACUGGUCUUCCAUGGGAAAAAUCUAGAGUUGUAGUCUGUGUUUUUUAAGGAAAGAUCUAGCUCAAGGUGGUGAACUGAACAGGAGGUUUUUUUCCUUCUUGGAGCCAAGUGUGUUGGCAGAACAAAAGGCUAAGACAGGCUGCUGCCCUGCUUUUUUUCCCCCCAGAAGUUGUACUUGCAGCCACGGGCUUUUCUGUGCACAGUCCCUGUACUUUGUUGCUGACUGUAUGCUGACUGUUCUGAUGGUCAGCCUAACAGUGGUCGUCUAUUUAACUCCAAAUAUGCCAGCUCAGUUCCCUUUCUGCAGCUCCCAGUGACAAGCCCCGUAGGAAAUUGUGUGCCCGUCCCUGCACCUCUGCUGUGCUGCAGCCAAGCAAAAGCUGAGCCAGCUGCUUGCUGUCCUCUGCUCCAAGCAGUGGGCAGGGAGGGCAGCACCGUGCGGCCCCUUAGCCAGGGCACUGGGAGGCGAGGGAGAGGAGGAGGGAGGGCUGUCUCUAGCUGGCACACUAAGAUUGUGAUCCUCUUCUAUAGAAUUUUGCUUUCGAAGAUGGAAAUCUGAAUUUUGAGAUCAUAAUUGCUCAGUUGCUUCUGUUCUUCUGGUUUUGGGGUUGCUUGGAAUUUUUACAACUCUUAAUAUUGUAUUUCUGGUUUUUUUUCUUUGUUGCUGACGGGAGCAUCCAAAAAGCAAUUUUUAAGCUGUAGCACUGCACUGAAUUACUCUGAUAAGCAUUUUUUUGUUCAUUUUACCCUGAAAGAAAAUCAUGUGGGCAUUUCAAAACAGGGAGGAGAGGAAAAGGAGGGGAGUAAAAGAUCUUUAUAAAAGAAAAAUCAGUUUGAAAUAGUCUUUGUUACCCUCCUCGACUCCCUACCUGUGCUGAGAAAUGCAUCAGUGGGGCUAAAUCUCUGAUGCUCAGAUGCUAAACAGACUGUUGUACUGCAGAAAAAGUGGCCCAGCUCUUUCUUUCUCUGCCUCUGAGCUGAUGGGCUUUGGCUGGUGUGUGUGUGCUGUAAUACCAGACCUGUUUUUUAGACUAGCACUUUGUAAGUGGCUGGCUCUAUUGUACAAAGAGGAAAAUUAAAGAGUGGUUUGCACUGAAA